AUGGCGCCGGCCGCCCGCCCGCGAGGGAAAAAAAUAAAACCGUCUGUCCGCACGCGCCUGGUGACGUGGCAGGCACGCACGUGCCCGCGCGGCCCGCCUGCGAUCAACGCGGCAGCCCCGCAGUCAACGUGCAUGCGCGCCAUCCGCGCCGCGUCGCACCCGUCGCGGACCCACCCCCCACGUCCCCCGCCCCACGCCAGCCCGCACCCGUCGCGGCCCCACCCCCCACGUCCCCCGCACCAAUCACGCCGCCCGAGGCGCGCAUGCACGCAGGCGGUUUCACGCGCGUGCCCCGGCGUCCCACCCGCCACCUCCCCUCCCCCGCAUCGCUGCCGCCUGCCGCCGCUGUCGGCUCCUCGCCUGCCGGACGGCACCGCUGCCGCCUCCUCGCCUGCCAGCCGACAGGCCCGCCGCCUGGUUUGCCCCGCCGCCUGGCAUGCCCCCUCCGGACGCGUCGUUCGCGGCGGUCGAGAGUCAAAGCGCCUGCACGCCUGCCGCGCGGUCAUUAACGCGCCGACGUUAAUAGCCCCGGCGUCCCACCCGCCACCUCCCCUCCCCCGCACCGCUCCGCCCGUAGCCCGCCGCUUUAUAAAGGCCCACCCCGUCCCUCCGACGCCCACCCCGUCCCUCCCACGCCCACCGUCGAUGGCGUUCUUCCGCGGCAGCAGCAGCACCGGUGGCGGCGGUGACGACGACAAACCCGGUGCAUGGCCGACGAGCAUCGGAGUGCCGGAGACGGUGGAGCUCCACCGCUACUGCCUCCCCGUGCCGCCGGGCUGUCGUCUUCCCCGCAACUAG